AUGAUGACUGCGGGAGUAGUGUCCGAGUUCAGGCUCAAGGCGCGCGAUGGUGGCGGAUUCUGGCAUGGCCUCGGAGUCGUCUGUCUGUUUGGGAUCAAGGUUGUGCUCUCGCUGGCCUUUGCGCCCAUCUCGUUUAUGCUCAUUCCGUUCUGGCUCAAGGGGCAGCUGCAGUGGAUUGGGACGGUUCGGCAGUGGCUCCGGAGGAGAAUCUCCGGCGAUGAAGAGGCCGCCGAGGCGAUGAGCGAGAGCAGCGCACCUGCGAGCAAGGCCGAGUUGGCAGCCAAGGCAGAGCAGAACGGAAAGUGGGAAGCCGAUCAGAAACGGCUGUUCCGUUUCUCGCUCGCUGCCCUGGUCUUUCCGAUCAUUGCCUAUGUCAACGUCAUCGUCAGCGUGUACUACGACGAGUCGGUCUCGCGUACUGAGGUCUACGUCCCGAUCAUGCAUGUUGUGGUCAUUGUCUUUACCCACUUCUUGUCGCUCGAAAAGCGGCUCUCUGACGGCGGCGCGUUUGGUGAAAAGGGUUCGACGAAGGAUACCAAGCGGUUCACCUUUUACCUUCCGGCCAUCGAAUACGACAGCCGGAUGGACGACGACGAGGAGGGCCAGAGCCUGUUGGGGCUGACAAGAAAGGAGUUUGAUGAAAAGGCGCUGCUAGCGACGAUCGAGCGACACGCGUCGCUCGACUCGUCGCCGGUGGUCAAGCCGGUGGCAGUCCUUACGGCGACGAUCAUUGCAGCGGUGGCGGCGAUCAUCGGCCCGCUUCAUCGCAUGGGCCCGCUGACCAAGACUGAAGCGACUGGCUUCUUUGGCCAGGGGACAUGGUACGAUGUGCUCAUUGUCGUCAACUCGGCGUACUGCAUGUUUGUCUUCUCGCUCACCUUUCUGCUGGAGGCCAUGGCCAUUGCCGCGCACUACUGGAAGAUCUUCUUUGGCCUGCGGCUGGCGUUCAAGCUUGUCCAGUCGAAGCAGUCGGGCAUAGUCAACGCGGACGGCACGCCAUUUGAGCUCGAGCUCAACUCGGCGCAUGCCAUCCAAACGUGGCUUGCCCUCAAGCGUAGUAUCCGCCGAUGGGGCGAGAACUCGCUGGUGGUGGCGCUAGUCAACCCGAGCCUUGUCAUGACCGUCGUCUACCUCGCCUUUUUCGCCAUCAUCAUCUUCAUUCGCUUCGCCGUCCUCCACAAGCCCAUCGACGAGUUUGCGUGGUACUCGCUCUCCGCCGCCGUCCCGACCUUCAUCUUCCUCGUCGCCACUAUCUACGCCUCGGUCGCGAUCGCGGAGCUGCCCGAGAAGGAGAACGAGUUUCUUACUGAAAAGCGCAUCGUCGACCUCGAAAAGUAUCUCGACACCGUCCGCAAGCAGCAGGCUGCAGCCAAGUCGCGGACGCGGUCGAGUGACUCGUCUGAGGACAGCUUCUCCGAGCUCAAGCUUGAUCUCGCCGUCAAGCACCUCGAGCUCCUCAUCCGCAUGUUCCGGCAGGCAAUCGACGACAAUGUCCCGCGUCCGAUUCGAAUCUUUGGCCUUCCUUCAACCGCAAGCUGCUUGCCUCGCUCUCGGCCUCACCGCUUGUCACCGUCAUCCUCGGCCUCGUCCGGCCCGCAACAGUUUAAGUAAAGCAGACAAAGUUG